AUGAGAGUACCUGCUGGAGCACCAGUCCCGUUUUGGCUAUCUGUCAAAAACCGACUUCCAAAAUUCGCUGGAUCAAGUCCUUCCCUGGGAACUGUUGCGGUUGCUGCAACAGUUUUAAUUACUGGCGCCGCUGUAUUUUCGAUUACCCUUUAUCCAAAAAUUUACAAUGAUUACUACAAACGCGCACAGAAAGAAGAAAGGGCUCUUCUCCGAGCAACACGCGAAGAAUUGGCUGGAAGCAUGACGACCGAAGAGAAACAAACUCCGGCGAUUUCUGACGCGGAUACCGAUGGUGAAAAAAGCGGUGACGAAAAAGAAGAAUUGGGAGGUGUCGUGCGAAAUCAGUUUGAUCUUUCAACAUUGUCGGAUGAUACAAAGGAAAUUGAUAUUACCCACACACGUGCAGAUGCAGUUCCUGACAUGACUCGCUUCAAAAAUUUGCAGGAGUUGUGUAUUCGAACUAAUUUGCUCACCGAAAUCAACGAGAGAAUGCUUUCAUUGAACAAUCUGGUCGAACUUGAUUUGUAUGAAAAUCAAAUUACCGAAAUUAAAAAUCUUGACAAUCUCGUUAAUCUAGUAAAACUCGAUUUGAGCUACAACAGAAUUCGCGAAAUUAAAGGCCUUGAAAACCUGAAAAAGCUUGAAGUUAUUUAUUUCGUCCACAAUAAGAUUUCCGUUAUAGAAAACCUUGACAAUCUCAAAGAGCUCAAAUUAUUAGAGCUUGGGGAUAACCGAAUUAAAAAGAUUGAGAAUAUCUCUCAUCUUGUUAAUUUGAAGGAGCUAUAUUUGGGCAAAAACAAGAUUCGUCAUAUUGAAGGCAUCGAAAAAUUACAAAAUUUGCGUUUGUUCAGCAUUCCCGGAAAUCGUCUUGUCUCUAUUGACAAUCUUUCUUCUUUAGCUGAUUUAGAAGAGCUUUACAUCAGUGAUCAAGGAUUGCAGAACUUGGAAGGAAUUGAGACAAUGAAAAAUCUUCGUGUGUUAGACGUUGCUAACAAUGAGAUCACAUCUUUCUCUUCAGUAAGCCUACUGGAAAAUCUCGAAGACUUUUGGGCGAAUGAUAACAGAAUCGAAUCAUGGAAGGAAGUUGAUAAGUUGGCUAACUUGUCGAAACUUGAUACCGUUUAUCUGGAAAGAAAUCCGAUUUACACUAGUGAUCGAACUAGUUAUCGAAGAAAAGUCAUGCUUGCAUUGAAACAAAUUAAGCAGCUUGAUGCCAAUCUUUGUGCUCAUUGA